AUGGUGUAUCAGGUUUACCUGAAUUGGACUGGAGACCAAUACAAUGGUCGCGAGAUUCUCGUCUUCCCAAGCAGACACUAUGCGGAUGAGUUCUACAACCGGUGCAUCACGACCACAGCUCCUGGGACUGUCAAUCCGCUGGACGAUAUCGUGAGAUAUAGUCCUCAGUUCUGGACCUUCACCAACGCUGCAGCAGAAUCUCGCCCUUUCUAUUUCAUUGAGUCAAAUGCCAAGGACCUCGUUCCAACUAUCAUGGCUGCUCGAAUCAGUGGAUACGACAACAACCAUGCCACUGGCGCCAUGCCAAUCAUUCCUAACGACGCAACAUCCAACGUGGAAUAUGUGUCCGGUGGUGCUUAUUACAUUCGCACCAAGUCCACACCCCACUUGUACUGGUUCAUUCAAGAUCAAGACCAUGGACCAAUUUCUCUUGAUCCCAGAAAGGCAACCAAGUUUCAAAUCAAUCGAGACGACUCAGUCAAGCCUUCACCCGCACCGGUAAAUGAUCGUCGAGUUCUCGAAAGAAAGGACGAUGUCCAAUUGGUUGCACUGACCCCGGGUGGAACUCAAACCAUCGGUGUCACCGGUCAUACUGUGUCGGCCGCUGCAGCUUCCUUCCGGUUCGCUUUCGGUAGCUUUUAUAAUGGAGACUUCGGAGUUGAUUGGAGUUAUACGCCCAACCAGCUCGGUGACCCAGCUCUGGCUUACAAAGUUCAAUAUGCCGGUGAGGAGUGGGAGCUUGUGAACUAG